UUGAGAACAAGUACACAACUAUAAAGCGCUGCGGUCGCUCUUAUCAGAAGUGACUUUUUCUUUCGUUCACUACUUACUACUGCAUUUUAAAAGCGGAAAGAAAGGAUAACUGCCUUCUCUGUACUGACAUCUCACUCGAUUUCGUUUCGUCUGGAAAUGUAUCAUUUGGUCACCUGUAUCUGGACUCGGGAAAAGAGUGUGGUGAUGAUGGAAGAUAUCUUUGCCGAUCCAGAGAGUCCAUCUGCGGUGUUCUCUGCUUGAGUUUAAGGGGGUUAGAGGGGGUCUGUCUGGACUGCAUCCGUGCGUAAAUAAUAUUUGCUGUGUGGAUUGCACUAAAAUGAAGUUUGGAAGCCGCACUUGCAUUCUGAAUGUGGGUGGCACCAAAUACGUGUUCCGCAGAGAUGUGAUCAAGGAUUUCCCUCUCAGGAGAGUCAGUCGGCUCCACGGCUGCGUGUCGGAGAAAGAGGUGCUGGAAGUGUGCGAUGACUACGACCGGGAGAGGAACGAGUUUUUCUUUGACCGGCACUCGGAAGCUUUCGGCUUUAUCAUGCUCUAUGUCAAGUACGGCAAGCUCCGCUUCGCCCCGCAGAUGUGCGAGCUGGCCUUCUACAACGAGAUGAUCUACUGGGGGCUGGAAAGCGCGCACCUGGAGUUCUGCUGCCAAAGGCGACUGGACGACAGGAUGUCCGAGACUUACACCUACUACUCAGAGGAGGACACGAAAACAGAGGACGAGCUGAGAGUGGAGGAAGAGGGCGAGCACCCGGCGGGACGGGGCAGAAGGAGCGCAAAGUGGCUGGAGAGGAUGCGGAGGACUUUUGAGGAGCCCACGUCCUCCAUAGCCGCGCAGAUUCUGGCCUCGGUGUCGGUAAUAUUUGUGAUUGUGUCCAUGGUUAUCCUAUGUGCCAGCACGCUGCCAGACUGGAAAACUGCAGAGAACAGAAGCGUGGACGAGCACAGGUACACAGAGCACUUAACGGAUCACUCCGGGAUAAUCGAGGCGGUGUGCAUCGGCUGGUUCACGGCGGAGUGCAUCGUGCGCUUCAUCGUGUCGAAGGACAAGUGCAAGUUCAUGCGACGGCCCCUGAACAUCAUCGACAUGCUGGCUAUCACCCCGUACUACAUCUCCGUGUUGAUGACGGGGCUGACCGGUGAGAACUCGCAGCUGCAGCGGGCCGGGGUGACCCUGCGCGUGCUCCGUAUGAUGAGGAUCUUCUGGCUCAUCAAGCUGGCCCGCCACUUCCUGGGGCUGCAGACACUGGGGUUGACUCUGAAGCGCUGCUACCGUGAGAUGGUUAUGCUACUGGUCUUCAUCUGUGUGGCCAUGGCCAUCUUCGGGGCUCUGUCCCAGCUGCUGGAGCAUGGGCUGGACCUGGAAAUGGGCAACGAGGACUACGCCAGCAUCCCCGCUGCCUGCUGGUGGGUUAUUAUCUCCAUGACCACCGUUGGCUAUGGAGACAUGUACCCCAUCACCAUGCCCGGGAGGGUGCUGGGAGGGGUCUGUGUGGUCAGUGGCAUUGUCCUGCUGGCGCUGCCCAUCACCUUCAUCUACCACAGCUUUGUCCAGUGCUACCAGGAACUCAAAUUCCGCUCCGCGCGCUGCGGCAGGAGCCUGUCUGCAGAGUUCUUAAACUGACCCUGACACCUCCCCUACCCCUCAAGGGAGCCACAAUCAAAGAGGGUGUCUGAUUUCAUUUAAAAGAGACAAUGACUUUGUCUUUCUAAGUAUGCCCCUGUAGUGUCUCUGUUUUUUGUGGGAUAGGGGUUUAGGAACAGGAAGUAAAGGCUCCCUUACAGUGAAAUUUUCUUAGGAAAUCAGCAGUCUACCAGGAAUGAAAGAGUCAGCGCUACACAGAACUGAAGACUACUAAGCAGUGAAUCUCAGUUUCCUCACAGUCUUUUAUGACUUUAAAACCACAAAGGCUUUUUCAACAUAUUUAUUUGCUAUGAAUAUAUACAAUCCAUAUUUUGAGAUUAAAAACAAACCAAAAAAAUAGCAACACCUACAAACUUUGGCUUAAGAGAAAGCUGACGGCUUGAAUCACUAAGCUUCUGUUGCAAAGCACACUGCAAUGUUACAGCAAAUAUCAUGGGUUGAAAACUCGCGAUCUGAUUGGCUAAAACACAGUCCAUAAUCCUAAGUAACCUGCGUGACACUUUAUCAAUGGAAGCUGGAGGGGCAGAGUGAAUAUCAGCUCACCUGGGCACUGUGCACUGCUGCUGUGGAGUAACCUUUCAGCAUCUACACAUGGAACUCCUCCUCCUCCUCCUUCAGCACUGUUCUGUGGACCAAGAACAUUGUAACUCUUCCUUGUCGCCUUUACCUGUCUCAUUGUCUAAUUGUUCCAUGGCAGCAGUGCAAAGUGGUCAAGUGCCUUCAUAAUCACCCAGUGUGCAAUAUCCCUACACAUCACAAAAACAAAACCUUAGAUACAAUACAGCAAAUUCUAUCUGCUGUGUCCAUGACAUACCAAAGCAAUAAUAUUCAACAUCUGGAGCGAGCAGAAUUAUGGAGCAGCGAACAUCUGGUGAUUCUCUCUGCUGGGAAUGAUUGCUUUGGUUCUGAGAGAGGCGAUUACAGGAUGUUACCGGACUGCUCUGUGAUUCAGCUCAUUGCAGAUGCAGAGGGUACUACUGCUAUUGAAUGUCAAUGUGAUGUAUCUGAGGCUUCACUGUUCUCCUUGUGGUCUGCAGUCCAGGUAUUGCUUCCAGCUUCUGUGUGCGAUGGGGCGUCAGGUAGGUUGCAGGGAGUUAUGCACUAGCUUUGAGCCAAUCAGAUUUCGAGUUUUCGGUCCAUUGACAUACAGUAACAUGCUGAAGAGCUGUUGUUUUUCUGCGCAUUGAGAGUCAAGCCAGUGACUGGACUGUAUUCUUCUUAACUCAACACAGAGAUCAGCAGGGUCCAAGAGCUGCUUGAUCUGGUUAAAUCAUUAUAAAAGGUUCCCUCUGUGAAAAAACAAUGUCUCUUACCAGUGUGUUUGAGUCUCUUUAGCCUUUGUGUAAGUGUAAGUUAAAUGCACAAGAGGCUUCUGUUUUAAUAACAGUAUUGACUGGAGAUCAGUAAAUGUGCUUGCCCCAGGAAACCAGCAGGUAUUGGUAUCAGGACAAGGGACAUGCUUGCUAUUUAUUUAUUUAUUUAUUAAGUAUAUUUUUAUUUGUGUUUAUUGAUUGACUCCACCACUAGGACUAAUUUUCCCAUUCGAAGUGGGGCUGGUUCUGUUCCAGUCAUUGUGUCUAUCAUUGUGUUAGUUAGUUUGUUUCAUAAUGCUGUAUAUACAAGGGUAGAAACCCGUUCUUCAAGAUCACACUCUGUCCGAGUUCGAGUUACUACAGUAUCGACAUGCUUCAAUGUGCUUAUUUGUUAAUAAACAGUGUUUUUACUAAGGGUUGAGAUGGCACUUUAAUGUUAAAGCCUAAUUUUUGUACUUUAAUAACUUCAACCCCGUUCAAUUGAUUUGCACAAACUAUUGCAUGAGUGAUGCCAUGGAUUAGAUCUCUUGACAUGGCCCAUUUCGUGUGAUGUCAUGGGUUAGAUCUCUUGACAUGGCCCAUUUCGUGUGAUGUCAUGGGUUAGAUCUCUUGACAUGGCCCAUUUCGUGUGAUGUCAUGGGUUAGAUCUCUUGACAUGGCCCAUUUUGUGUGAUGUCAUGGGUUAGAUCUCUUGACAUGGCCCAUGUCGUUCCACUCGGAUGGGCGAAUCCCGAGAUCCUGAUCGUGAGGAAAUGUAGAAAAUCAGGGUUGAGUUAUCUAUACCCUGAUUUCUGACUGUGUUGAUUGAAAUCUGAACAUUGACUGUGAAUGCAUUCUGUAUGUGAAUACAUAAGUCAUUCAGUUGUAAACAAUAUGGCACUUGGAUUUUCAUCAAAACUGUCUGAAACUUUGGUAAAGAUGUAAGUCUUUCUUCGAGCCUGUGAUCUCAUGACGACCCAUCACAGCUGUGUAUAAAAACGCACCUUGAUCAGUGGAGCCGAUGUGCAGAGCGUUCUAAACAGAAUCCCGAUCCUCUCGGAGCCCAUCUGCUAGAGGGAACAUGCAUGUAAAUCCAGCUAAUUAAAAUGUGCUAAUGAGAGGAAGUCUGUAACCUGCAAGAAAAAAAAAACAAGCUGCUCAAGGAAACUGUCAGUUAGUUGACCUGUGUGAUUCAUCAGGGGACAUUCCUUCUUCAGUAAUCUGGAGCAUGUUACAUUGCAGCUGGUCAGUAAAGAAAAGGUUUCCCUGCUGAGGGUUACACAGAUUAAUAACCAUUCAGGAGACUCGUGAAAUGUUUAGCUGUUUCCUAUUUGCUUUUAUAACUAAUGACCCUAUUUGUUUCCUAGACCUUAGUUGAAUCGCCUGUUACAGUGCUUUAAACUGUGGACACAGAGGCACUAAAUAACCAGACGGGAUCUGAGAUGUAUUCAACGUGGUGGGGCUGAAUGACUAUGCUGCUGUGUUAUAUUAAUGCUGUAGCAAUCUGCAACACACAUGAAUAUAUAAUGAUGUGUUUUGGGUGAUGUAGGAUGAAUAUUCCAUGAUUUACAAAGGCAUUGCUGAUCUGUGCUGAUGAACAGCCAAUGCCUAAUCAGAGCCUCGCAUUAGCCGACUGGACCGAUUAGCACGGAUAAUAAUAGCAAAGUUUAGAACCCUUUAAUGGUCAAUUAUUAGAGGAGAGCGACUGCUAUUACAUACAGUUCUAUAUUUAACACCUGCAAUGUCACAAAACUGAAGCUCAUUCAGACACCGACGAUCCAGUCAGGCAAAUAUGCAAACGCUGCCUUCCAGAACGCUAAUUAACUUUCUUCAUUUACAAGCUCUGUCAGCGUCGACUGGCCAUAAUGUAUUCAGUGAGGCUGAACGGUAACAGCAGAGAAUGUUCUGGAGAGCUAGAACAAGAUUGGCAGCUUCCUGCCGCAUCCAGACCCUAACGAGCAAGGGCCUGUUACUAUAAAACAAGAGAUUACUGCAGUGCACCAUGGGAUAGUGAAGUGCAGUCAAGCAUAGAAAGGGUUAGCAUGCUAGGAACCUUACAAGAGGUUACUGCAGUGCACCAUGGGAUAGUGAAGUGCGGUCAAGCAAAGAAAGGGUUAGCAUGCUAGGAACCUUACAAGAGGCUAUUGAAAUGCACCAUGGGAUAGCGAAGUGCGGUUUGACUUUUUACAUAAUUUAAUGAAGUAAAGACAAACUGUCAAUGUUCUACAAUUAUUGAGAAACAAUUUCUGAACACACAAUGAUUUAGAAAUCCUUAAAUUACAAUUCUGAAUAUUUCUAGCAUUUCUAGAAUAUUAACAACAACAACAAAAAAAAAAUCCAUAUUGCAGAUUGUAUUGCUUCCCAUUUUCCAAGUUUUGUUCAAUUAACAGUCUGUUUACUCUUUUGGAACUUGCAUGGGAGCCAAAGUGUUUAUAUUACUACAUUGUUGUCUACCCUUGCUUGUCUUACUGCAUUGCACUGUACUGUAAGACAGAGUUAAUUAGCAUUUGCAUUCCCCUCCAUUCAUUCAAGCCCGCUAGAGGGGGAUUCAAUCAAAACAAAUACAGCACCACUUUUUGACUCGUUAUUUCCAUUCUAUAGUGAUAUUCAAUCCAAAUAGACACACUCUUUUUUUUCUUUUUUUUAAUAAAUUUAGUCGUUGCCAAUUAGUUUUUUUAUUAUUUUCGACCCAAUUUGAAAUGCCCGAUUAUUAUUUUUUUUAGGCUCAGCUCAUCGCUACCACCCCUGCGCUGACUCGGGAGGGGAGAAGAUGAACACACGCUGUUCUCCGAAGCUUGUGCCAUCAGCCGCCCGCUUCUUUACACUCUGCAGACUCUCCGUGCAGCCGCCUCACAGCGUCGGAGGACAACGCAGCUCUGGGCAGCUUACAGGCAAGCCCGCAGGCGCCCGACCAGACUACAGGGGUCGCUGGUGCGCGAUGAGCCGAGGACACCCUGGCCGACCUAAUCCUCCCUCCCCCCGGACGACGCUCGGCCAAUUGAGCGCCGCCCCCUGUGAGCUCCCAUCCACGGUCAACUGUGGAAUAGCCUGGACUCGAACCGGUGACGUCCAGACUAUAGAGCGCAUUCUGCACUCUAGCGAGUGCUUUUACUGGAUGCGCCACUCGGGAGCCCCUUGCUAGACACACUCUUGAGAAAGCAAGAAAUGUGCUGUCAUUUGAUAGGCCCUUAAUUGAGAACUGAUCUAAUGUAUGACACCCAUUAGCAGUAUUUGAUUGAAUAUCAGCACAGAACAGGGGGGUUAUAUAGCUGUAAGUUUUGAUUGAAUGACAUGAAACAUGACAUGAAACAAACAGAACAUGUAUAAAAUGGACAUGGGAAACAUAUGUACAGUCUGACUUCAUUUAAACCCUGUGCUUAUUACUUCUGUAUGAGUUCCCAUCAUUCAUUAAAGUGACCCUGUCAUUUGGACUCUGGGCUGUCUAUUCUUGUACUGCAGAGCACUGGCUCUUCCUGUUUCAUCGUCCAUUUCUAUUCUUGUACUGCAGAGCACUGGCUCGUCCUGUUUCAUCGUCCAUUUCUAUUCUUGUACUGCAGAGCACUGGCUCUUCCUGUUCCAUCGUCCAUUUCUAUUCUUGUACUGCAGAGCACUGGCUCGUCCUGUUCCAUCGUCCAUUUCUAUUCUUGUACUGCAGAGCACUGGCUCAUCCUGUUCCAUCGUCCAUUUCUAUUCUUGUACUGCAGAGCACUGGCUCGUCCUUUUCCAUCGUCCAUUUCUAUUCUUGUACUGCAGAGCACUGGCUCGUCCUGUUCCAUCGUCCAUUUCUAUUCUUGUACUGCAGAGCACUGGCUUGUCCUGUUUCAUCGCCCAUUUCUAGAAGACAGAUUUUCUGCUCGGAUUCAUCUAAAAUAGAAACAAUCAAUUAUUUAAAAUCCCUUUAAUUUAAUGCAGCCGCGUUUCUACAGAGAAACAAAUAAUUGUACUGUGUUCCAUGAGGAUUAAAUCUCUACCUAAAUUUAACAGAGUCAUUUUAAACAUUGGGCUGGAGGUGGAUUUAUAUAUAUUUUUUAAAAACAGUGCAUGUCAUAUUUGCCUGACCUAUGGCGAUAUACAACUAAAGAGAGGUGGUAUUGUAUAGAAUUGUUCAUGAAGCAACAGCAGAGGCCAUGAAGAGGAAGCCUUUGCUCAGUGCGCUGUACUGUUUGCAUCAUAUUCUCCAUUCUCUUUCAAACAUGUUUUAAGAUGUGCAAUGCAGCAGCUGUAAUAUAGUGUAUUUGUGUCAGAACCAAGCUCCCUGUUAGUUCACCUAACCAAUGGUUCACAUGGCAGUGAUUGUCCUUUCUUGACUAAAUCAUCCUUUAGCGUUUGAGAUUUUAAACAACUGGCGACUCUUCAUGUUAAAUCUAGAUGUUAUUUUAGGACAAUGGGAUUAAAUAUCUAUUCUGUAAAUGUGACUGCCAUUUCAGCAGAAUCCUUUUGUUCAUUAGGAAAUAAAAACACAAGUUUAUAGUUUUCAAUUUUAUAAACAUCUAUUUUAUAUAUUACUUAUGUUCCCAGAUAGAAUGUCUCUAUGGCUUAUAUACUUGAAAAUUAAUAAAAAUGAUGCUUCUCAA